ACCAGUGCAGAAAUCAGGACUAAUGUGGAUAACGUGGCUAGUGACCUACCGAGGCAUUACAAAAAACAAAGUCGUUCACAUCGUAGUGGGCGAGGAAAACAGAAAGUGACAACAACGCAUUGGUUACUUGGAUUGAGCCAAAGAAAGUGAUAGUGAUAGGUAUAAGAAGAUCGCGUAAAGACUAUUUUACAGUGAAAAGAUGCGGAAAGCGGAGGUUUUCAAAAUGAGUCAGAUUCAUUCAUCGGUGAUCGCGAUUAGUGUGAUAAUUUUAGUGGUGCUAAUCAAUUCAGCGAACAGCGCACUACCCAGUACAAUUAAAGUAUGCUCGCGAAACGAUCCCAAUGUCGACCAAUGCAUUAUGGACGCGGUGAAUCACAUCCGGCCCAACCUGGCGUCCGGUGAUUUUGGAGAGGGAUUCACCAUGCCGAAGAUCGAUCCACUGUACAUCGAGCAGAUGAAGAUGCAACGGGGCAAGGACUUUCAGGUUGUGGUCAGAAAGCUCAAUGUGUACGGGAACAGUGCGUUCCAGUUGGAACGGUUGCAAUCCAAACCAAUGAACUUGUCCUUCGACUUUGUAGUGAACAUCCCGAAAUCAAACUUCACUGGGAAAUACGCGCUCAAGAUGAAAUUGUUGAUGCUCGAUUUGCAAGGAAAGGGUGAUCUCAACGGAACGAUGACAAACACCCGACUAGCGGUUCGAAUCCGAGGUUAUACGGAGAAAAUCGACGGCAAGGAGUACGCCCGCUUCCAUCGGUUGGGCAUUCGGAUGAAGGUGGAAAGCGCCACGUUCCAGCUGGAUAAUCUGUUCAACGGGGAUCCCGUGCUGGGGCAGGUCGGAAAUCAGGUGAUCAAUGAAAAUUCGCGCCUUUUCCUGAACGAACUCAUUCCUGGACUGGAGAAGAAUCUGCGAGGGAUUUUUACGGAAAUCAUCAAUAAUUUGCUGAAGACGGCUACCAUCGACGAUAUGUUUCCUGAGUAUGUGUAGCACCUAGCGGGGA